AAGUCAAACAGGUGAGCCAAUGUUUAGCGAUAAGACCGUACCGUUUGGAUGCUGAUGUGAUCAAAUAAGACAGAGAGUGGGUGCCAUUUUAUAUCAUUUGCCUCAAAGCUUAGCUUUGCUCACUUGUAUUUGCUGUUGCAUACAGUACUGCAAUUGUAUAAUGUCGGCCACCAUGUGUCAAGUGAUGGGAUUCGUCCUGGGCCUUCUGGGGAUUGCGGGUGUCAUCGCUUCCACAGUGAUGGACCAGUGGAGCACCCAGGACCUGUACGAUAACCCAGUAACGUCAGUCUACAACUACAGGGGGCUCUGGCGGUCCUGUGUCCGACAGAGCUCUGGCUUUACAGAGUGCCGACCUUACUUUACCAUUCUCGGACUGCCAGGCAGCUUCCAGGCAGUGAGAGCCCUGAUGAUUGUGGGGAUCGUGCUGGGGGUUAUUGGAGCACUGAUCUCCAUAUUUGCACUGAAGUGUAUCCGAAUGGGCAACAUGGAUGAUACAGUGAAGGCUAACAUGACCCUGACAUCCGGGAUCCUGUUCGUUGUGGGAGGUGUUUGUGGCAUUGCUGGUGUGUCCGUCUUCGCAAACCUGAUUGUGACCAACUUCAUGUUCACGACCACAUCAGCCACUAUGCAAGGGUCUCUCCAGCCAAGGUACACCUUUGGCCCUGCCCUCUUCAUGGGCUGGGUGGGAGGAGCAGUGCUGGUAGUGGGCGGGAUUAUGAUGUGUGUGGCCUGCAAAGGAAUGGCACCUGAGAAGACUCACUACAACACAGUAGCCUACAAAGCAUCUAGACCCAACACCAUCUACAAGUCCGGAGAUGAGCGGUCCAGACGUGGGUUUGACGAGGACUACAAGAAAAGUACAACUCGCAGCGACGAUGGCAGGCAAACACAGCCUUCCAGAUUUGACUACGUGUAACACCGGUCUGCAACUAGGGAGGCUGCCGGUGAAAUACAAACCUCAAACUGUCUUAGAACAGGGGAUCAAAGAUGGGUCUCUGCAGCUUUCAUUGACAACCAGUUUAGCCAGGUUAUAACAGAUUAGGAAUUUGACCAACAUCAUAUGAUUACAUCCAGGUCAUAAAUGUAAUAAAUUAUAUUAAAAUGCAUAUUAAAGUGAAUUCUCAGGACAUUGGUAAUCCUUGUUAUUGAAUGUAUUUGUUUAAUAUUUGUGAGCCUGUUCGCAAACAUUAUACUUUGAUUAAGGAUUGCCCCACAGGCUCUAAUUUUCUACUCCCCUUUAUGGUGUAACAAAUUACUUUUGAGUAGAACUAGCAGAUUGUAUAGUACCACAUUAUGUACUGAACGCAGAGGUGCAUAACUAGCAGGUCCCUUUACUUUUUUUAACUUAAAAAUUUGGCAUUAGCUGAAGUUGUCUACUUAUGGUUUAACACAGCUUUAAAUGACAAAAUUGCAGUAAUGAAUUUAACCUUAAAGGAAAGUGAAGCAUGUGAUUAUAGUCAAUAUCCCCAGUUCUGACUGUGUUGUGACAGUGCUGCGCUUGCAUUUUUAAAAUAUUUUUACUUGUUAUUUCUUGUUUUUUUAUAGUUAUAAACAUACUUAAAUAGACUAAUCACACCCACAGAAUUCUGGUGUGUGUAGUCUGGUAUCUAAAAUAAUAAUAAUAAAAAAGCUUAUAUUUUUUGGUUCUGUUUCUUGACCCCUACUGUGCUUUUUAUCAAUUUCAGAUUCCUCCCCUUCACCCCAAAUAACACCACAGGCUUGUGUAUGGCCUAUAAAAAAUCAGGCACCAAGAGUUACAUGAAAAGUCUGUUUUGAUUAAACAGUUUGAUAACUAGGAAUACAACCAUUGUAGGUUUAAGUAAACUUUAGUAAAAUGUCGGUUUAGGUAAACUAGGGCCUAAGCUGUGGUAAAUGGCCCUAGUUAUUAGUAAGGACUGGCUGAUUAUUAUAGCUGAGAAGUGUCGUGUGUACCAUGUUACAUAUCUUCACCGUUAGACUGUACUAAGAUGCAAAGAAUGGAAGUCGCACCAGUAUGUACUGUAAUUAAUUACUGCUACAUUAAGGCUGUAAUCAUCUGUCUCUUUUUGUUCUUCAUAUUUGUAUGACUUGAGAAAAAUGCAUUUUUUUCAUUAAAGUUUUCAAAGUAAUA